AUGACGAUGGGACUCUCGCAGUAUUUUUUAUUGGUGAUUUUAUUCUGUUCAAAUAACUGGGUACUAAGUGAUGACAAGACAUGUGCUGCUCGCGAUGUAGGCACUGAUGGAAGUUCUAUGGUUUGUGUGUGCAAUUCCACUUACUGUGAUACAGUCACUCGCGAGGCACCUAAAGUCGGCGCAUACGUGAUAUAUACUAGUAGUAAGUCUGGCAAGCGUUUCGAAAAAAGUUUCGGAACCAUACAAAGUUACAGUAGCGUCUUUGAAGCUGAAAGUGAACAAUGCGAUGUGGAUGAUGGGACGACCAUGUAUGGUAAUUCAAAAGACGGCAGUGGUGAGGAUUCCGAUGACGACCAAUCGUGUAAAGAAACAUUUUGGAACAGUGCAUCCAUGAGCUUACAAGUGGAAAACCGACAGCAAUACGUCGAAGGCUUUGGUGGUUCUAUAACAGAUGCAGUCGCUUACAACUGGUACAAAUUGUCGGAAGAAAUGAGAUCACAACUUAUAAGUACAUACUUUGGAGAAGACGGCUUGGGAUAUAGUAUGAUCCGAAUACCGAUCGGCGGAUCUGACUUUUCAGAUCGUCCGUACACCUACAACGACUAUCCGUUAAAUGAUGAGACUCUAUUCAAUUUCACACUAGCCGAAGAGGACACUAAAAUGAAGAUACCAAUGAUAAAAGCAAUCCAGAAAGUAUCAAAAAAGGAGAUAAAGAUUAUAGCGUCUACGUGGUCACCACCUGUUUGGAUGAAAACCAACGAGAAGUUUUACGGCUAUGCACAAUUGAAGCAACAGUACUAUCAGAGCUAUGCCGACUAUCAUUUGAGAUUCAUAGAAGAAUAUGAGAAGCGUGAUAUAAAAAUCUGGGCUGUCACGACCACAAACCGGCCAACCAAUGGAAUUAUGCCGGAAAAGAACAUCAAUUCCCUGGGAUGGUACCCAGCUGAUUUGGGUCGAUGGUUAGCUAUAAACUUGGGACCAACCAUCCGAAGAUCCCGUUUCAAUAAAACUUUGAUCUUCGCGGUAGAUGAUGAGCGCCAUCUUCUCGACUGGUAUCUUCACGGUAUGCAACGUGCGGACAAAAACGUAAUGAAGUACAUAGAUGGUAUAGCAGUCCAUUACUAUAGCAGCUCGUCUUCUCCUUCUCUUAUUUUAGAUCAACUUAAACAGAAGUAUAAGAAAUUGAUACUCGGCACUCAAGCUUGCGAAGGUGCAACAGGAUGGGAUUCUACAAGAAUAAAGAUUGGUUCGUGGGACCGUGCAGCCCGUUAUAUUCAAAAUAUAAUAGAGGAUUUAAACCACCAUUCGGUCGGUUGGAUGGACUUCAAUCUCUGCUUAGAUGUAAAUGGAGGACCAAAUUGGGCCAAGAACUAUGUCGACGCCCCGAUAUUAGUUUACCACGACAAAAAUGAAUUUGUAAAGCAACCAAUGUUUUACGCCAUGGGCCAUUUCACUAGAUUGAUUCCAAAGGGAUCACAAAGAAUUGUUAUGGCAACGCAGAGUAUAACGGAAAUACAUAACGUCGCUUUUGUAUCACCUGAAGGCAAUAUCUUGAUGGUUCUGUACAACUCGAAAACCGUUAGCGUCAAGGUGCACAUCAGAAUCAACAGCAAACGCUACAUAGAAGUCACAAUAGAAGCCGAAGCCAUAAAAACAAUUGAAAUCAACCCGAACGAAUCCGUGAUAUGCAAACAAGAAUCAUCGGUCGCGUAUAGUGUCGAUACAGCCUGUGCAAUAGAUUAUUAUUUAGGUAAUGUCCAGAUUAAUUUUAUGAUGUCCACUUUAACGAACGCAGGACUAUUUUUAAAUUUAAUUCUCCUCGGUUUGGUCGCUUUUACUCGGAGUGAUCAGCCGUGUGCCGCACGAGAUUUGGGCAUAGAAGGUAGAUCAAUAGUAUGUGUUUGUAAUUCCACGUAUUGUGACACUAUAUCUCGUGAUCCACCUGCUCCAAAUACAUUUGUAGCUUAUACAUCCAGUAGGGCUGGUAAACGCUUUGAAAAGGAGACAGGCAGAGUCCUAACUUUCUCGAGUUAUAAUGACGCUGCGAAAUAUGAUACAGAAAAAGAUUUUACUAAACAUAGAGUAAAUCAAGGACAAGAAAAACAAAAUAACGAUGAUGGGCAAUUUUGGACUCGAGCUACUUUGGUUUUGGAUCAGAAUGUACGAUUUCAAACAAUUGAAGGCUUCGGGGGAUCCGUUACUGAUGCUGCAGCCUACAAUUGGAUAAAAUUGUCCGAUGAGACUAAGGAAUUUUUUAUUAGGUCGUACUAUGGUGAAGAGGGUCUAGAAUACAACCUUAUACGCACCCCAAUAGGUGGGGCUGACUUCUCGACACAUCCAUAUACCUACAACGAAUAUCCUUGGAACGAUGCAGCUUUAACCAACUUUACCUUUACAAACGAAGAUAUAUUUUUAAAGAUCCCAAUGAUAAAACACAUACAACGAACAUCGAAGCAGGAGGUGAAAUUGAUGGCUUCCACCUGGUCACCACCAGUGUGGAUGAAAACCAAUGAGAGGAUAACAGGCUUUGCCCAACUGAAACCGGAAUAUUUCCAGAGCUACGCUGAUUAUCAUAUUAAGUUCAUGGAGCUAUACGAGCAAGCAGAAAUAGAAAUAUGGGCGCUGACAACAACCAAUGAACCGAUCAAUGGAAUUGUUCCAUUUGUAACAUUCAAUUCAAUUGGAUGGUUCCCCGCUGAAUUGGGCCGGUGGGUAGGUCAAAAUUUGGGACCGACGUUAAGAAGUUCUCGCUUCAACAAAACACUGAUCUUUGCUGUAGACGAUCAGCGCUAUCUCUUACAUUUAUAUUUGUUGGGGAUGGAAGCAGCUGAUAGGGAUUCAAUAAAAUAUACAGAUGGAAUUGCAGUUCAUUAUUAUGGUAACUUUGCACCUCCACUCCUGUUAGACGACCUUCAUACUAGAUACAAUAAAGUUAUUAUUGCAACUGAAGCGUGUGAAGGUCCUAUGCCAUGGGACAUUAUGAGAGUAAAAAUCGGUUCCUGGGAGCGUGCUUACCGUUACACCAAAAAUAUUAUGGAGGAUUUAAAUCAUUAUGUAGCUGGCUGGAUAGAUUGGAAUCUUUGCCUCGAUGAAAAAGGUGGACCAAAUUGGGCAAACAACUUUGUUGAUGCCCCAAUUUUAGUAUAUCCAGAGAGAGAUGAAUUUAUAAAGCAGCCCAUGUUCUAUGCGAUGGGUCAUUUUUCAAAGUUUAUUCCAAGAGGCUCUCGAAGGAUAUCUUCAACAUAUCCCUUUUUGGACUUGGGGAGAAUUCCCAAUAUAGCAUUUAUAACACCAGGUGGAAAUAUAGUAGUUGUCCUUCAAAAUACUAAUACAUUUAAUAUGGACGUCCGAAUUAAUAUUGAUGCAUUGAGACAUGUGCAAGUGACAGUGGAAUCUGAAUCAAUCAAAACAAUUGAAAUAAAUCCUAGGCUUUUUAAAUAA